AUGGUUACUCCAAGCGUUCACGAACAGUGUUGGGAACCAACGACAAGCUUGAAAGAUGUCAGGAAAUGUAUCCAAAAUGGCCAUCAUAUUAUGGUAAUAAUGCGUGGCAUUCCAGGAUCUGGCAAAUCUUAUUUAGCUAGCGAUUUAGUAUCCGGAACAGAUGGUGCAGUUUUUAAUACCGAUAAAUAUUUCAUGCAAAAUGGUGUGUACCGAUUUGAUCCUACCAAACUGGAUGAAUAUCAUCAGAGAAAUUGGAAGGCAGCAAGAAAUGCGAUAUUGCAAGGAAUAAAGCCAAUAAUCAUUGAUAACACUAACAUACUUGUGACGCACAUGAAGCCGUACAUUAAUCUUGCUUUGAAGAAUUUAUAUGAAAUUUAUUUCGUGGAGCCGGAAACAGAGUGGAAGAAAAAUGCAAAAGAGUGUGCUAGGCGUAAUGCACACUCUGUGCCAGAAGAUAAAAUUGCGCAUAUGGUUGAAUGCUUUGAAAAAGUCAGUUUAGCUGAUAUAAUAAAGCCGACGCAGUUAAGAGUAAUUCCGCCAUUGAUUGAUAUAAGCGACAAAAAUGAUGGUUAUAGUUUAUUGCUGUCGCAACUCGAUUCUUCUCUACCGGUAUCUGGUUCUUGGUCUCUUUCUGUAUCAGAACAUCUGGAAGAUGUACGAAAAGAGCAUUUUGAGGAACAAAAGGUCGAAGAAUCUGCACCUUUAUCGUCGACUAAUUCACAAUGUGUACUACAUGAAGCAGUAGAUUUACUGAAAAUUUCAUCUCCAGAUUUGUUUUCGAAAAAAAAUUCUUACAAAAAGAAAAACUCAGAACAAUUAUUUUCUUUAAUUCCACAGCAGGUAUCUAAGAAGAGUCUGCGUACAGUUGGAUGUCAGACUAGUGAUUUAAUUCGAGUAUUUGAUUUACUGAAUCUUUUGUCUGUAGGCGAUGAAUGUGUCUGUGAAACAGCACAGGAUGAUGUUGAUUUUAGCAAUAAAAAGAAAAUGAGGGGAAGAGCUGUUCAGGCUGGUGAUGGUAAUAUUCUAUCCGAUAUUGAAUUGUUAUUAGCGUUAUUUCCGGAUGAAAAACCUUCCGAUCUAUCUCAUAUACUAGAUAUGGUUGGAUUAAAUAAUGCAAUAACAUUGUUUAAAGAAAUGAACGCUUACAUGGAUAUCUGUGCUCCAAUUAGCAAGAACGAAAAUAUUGAAAUGGAACCAUUAUCGCAGACUUAUUAUUGGUGGAGUGAAGCAGAAUUUGAGAAGAUCGAUGACAACAGUUCACCGAAAUUUGUACCAAAUUUUGAACUAAAUAGAGCGAUACCCGAAAAAAUGGCUCCUUGCACUCACACACAAUGCUAUGAUCCACAACCUGUACCACAAGGAUAUUGUCGCAUGGAAAUAUCAGUUGAUAUGAUGGAGCAACUUAUUCAACUUUUCGGUGGUAGUGAAAAUAACAGUAUUUUAAAAACAUAUGUGGACCUACCGAUUUCGCUCUGGCGUCAGAUUUAUAUUUGCUGGCAAAGUACGUCAACUAUAAAAGUAGAUAAUGAAUCUGGAAAUGAGGAUUUCGACCCGGUUAAUUCUGAUGAAGAAUUAACUCGAAUAUUGCAGAGUCAUGAAUUGGCAUUCGAUGAAUCCUCGGAAAACGGUAAACAUAUGAGUAUUGCUGAAAGGCUACAGUUAAAUACACUGAUAAAUGAUUACUCAGGAGUUGAUCGGGACCGAAUUGCAGAAUGUUUUCGUGAUAACAAAUUUUCUGCGGAGGCUACUCGCAAUACUUUAGAACUUUUCGUAAAUGACACUGAAAAUAUUCAAACAGCACCGGCUGAUCCAUCUUCGUCUGUUUCUCGUGUUAAUCGAGCUAACAGUAGUAUGUCUGCAACUUUUCCUCGUCAUUUUGCUUUCAAUGGAUUAUCGGUCUUAAAGCCAGAUCUAGAACCAGUUCAGAAGAAAGCAUGUGAACUGCGAGAAGAAGCUGAUAAAUAUAACAAACAGAGACGUGAAAUGCUGUUGCGAGCUAGGAAUCAUCGAGAACAUGGAGCUAAAAUGUUUUAUUUCGCUGAAGCUCAGAAAUUUGGGAAAAAAGCACGAGAUUGUGUGGAAGAGCUGAAUGAACAGUUGUUCGAAGCAAAUACAUCCAAUUUGUUCCUCGACUUGCAUUAUAUGGAUAUUCAACCUGCUAUUAAACUUCUUAAAGCCAAACUGAAUGCUGCAGAUAGACCGCUAGAGCUUCGACGUGGACGGUCUGGGAAGAAACUCGUUGUUCUAACUGGUUACGGUAAAUUGAAUGACGGACAAGCAAAAAUUAAGCCUGCUAUUGUACAGUGGCUUGAGCAAUGUGGUUAUGAGGAAAUGUUCCCAGCAAAUAAACCUUUGCCACCACCACCUCUACCUGAAAAACCAUCCUGGAGGAGCAAGAAUAAUGCAAGCGAAGCUUCAGCGUCAGCAACGGCAAUUCGUCUUCAAUCAUCGUCAGGUUCACUAGAAGAUGCUGUUCUAAUUACCGGGAAUUUCCAAAAAGCGUCAAUUAUAUUUAUUUUUGUGUUCUAUGCAUUAUUAACUACAGUAAUGUAUUCAUUGCCGUCAACAAGUUAUUCACCAACAGUAGCUGAUUACGUAUAUCGACGUGUAUUACGUCAAGCCGUUGCCGCCAUUUGUAAACAGGCUGGUUUUGAAGUGAUUGAAGCCGAUGUUCUCGAACUACUCACUCAUAUGAUUAAUUCGUAUAUCAAUGAACUGGCCGCUACUACACGUCAAAUGACUGAACACGCUGGUCGAACUAUUUCAACACCAUCUGAUACAAUUAUGGCAUUAAUAGAUUUAGGUACUGCAGUUUCCGAUUUGCCAGCGUUUCUGAAAGAAGCAACCUCUAAAGGUUCUUUAGUGAUAGCACCACCACGUGUACAACACACACCACAUACCCAGCAACAACUUCGUGUCGGCAGUUCACGUCCACGUCCACCACAUAUUCCGGAUUGGUUACCGCCGUUUCCUGAUCCACAUACUUACGUACGUACUGACAUAUCUGGUGAACCAGAACCCUCAUACGAAAAAGCGCGUGAAGGCUUGGCUUUACUGUAUCGAAAUACUGUCAUGUCAUUGAAAGAUUUCGUUCUGCGUACCCAUCCAUCUAUUUCCCUGUUCGAUCUUCAUAAACAACGUAUUUUAAAAAAGAUUGCUGCUGCUGCUGUGGAACGUACCCGUCAACAGCAAACUCGAAUGAUGGCAUCUGUGGAAGAAGAUGAACAGAAGGCGAUAACAAAUGGGGCAGUAACAAUAGUUCACGAUACAGAACAGUCAGAAACUAUUGAUGCAGAAUUUUCUGUUGAUGUUUCCGAAAAAUUUUUCUUUGAGGAGGAUAGCGAAGAAGAAAUAAGCUUACUGCAAGCAGAAGUGCCAACUUUCGGAGAAAUCAUUGAGCCUAAAUCAAUGAAUGAAUCAUACUUAGAUCCUCUUCUUUUCGAUCUACAAAAUGAACCAAUAUUUGGGAUGAGAACUAACUUACAAGAAGACACUGGAUCAGAUGGGAAUCCGUUCUUACGUUCACCGAAAAUGCCUUCGAUACUUGAUGAUGACUCGAUGCAUGAGUAA